AUGUCGGAGAGGCCUUCCGCCCCGUUCUUGGACAAGGGAGGAACCAUUGUAGCGGCAAGGGUCAGCGACAUAGCAGGAGGAGGGCUGCAGCCGUACCCGCCGGGAGGAGAGUACCUUGCCAAGGCUGAUGAGACGCCGACCAAGAUAGCAAAGAUGUUUGGAGUCGAUCCCUUCCGACUGGUGAAGUUGAACCAAGGAAGGUACCCGGAUUUGAUCUCGACGUCCAAGUUGAGGUCAAACACUCUCAUUACCCUCCCGCAGAAGGACUGGAGGUGGAUGCUCACGAGGGUCCUGAGCAAGAGCAAGAACGAGAAGAAGAAGAAGGUGUACACCGUGCAGGACAUUGAGCCUGAUGCUCAUGCGCCGGAUCAUUUCACCAUCUUCGAGAGUGUGGAGAGCAAACGAAUACAGUCUUAUCUCAGGACUAUCCCCAACUCAACAACACAUAUGAGCCAGGUCAUAGAAAGUCUUCAUCGAGACAUCACAUCUGACGCGUGUAAACGAUCAGGGGAGGUGGUGUGCGCUUUGUAUCCUGUUGUAUCCGAACAAGUCGAGGCCUGGGACAACUCGCACUGGCUGACUGUCUUCUAUCCCG